AUGGGCACACCACGAUACGCCCAUUCUGUGUCGGUGCUUGACGGAUAUUUAUAUGCCAUUGGAGGACACGAUGGGAAAUCAAGUCUGAACACUGUGGAAAGAUUUGAUCCACGUACGGGAAGAUGGGAGUUUGUUCGUCCGAUGUCAACAUGUCGAAGAUAUCUAGGAUCUGCAGUGCUCGAUGGGCACUUGUAUGCAGCAGGUGGAAGAGAUGAGUCAUCCAAUGACCUUAGCUCAGUUGAGAAAUACAACCCUCUUACUGAUGAAUGGACCGAAGUGGCUGCAAUGAAGGAGAAGCGAUUCAGUGUGAAACUUGUCGUUGCCAAUGAAAAACUUUAUGCUGUGGGUGGACAUGGCACUUCUGACCAGGAUUCCGUUGAAAUUUGA